AUGUCCCACAAAUCAAAUUCAAAACGAAGUUCCAUUUGGAGUUAUUUUCGAAAUACACCUGAUCCGGAAGUUGUUACCUGCAAACUAUGUGAAGCUCCAGUUAGACCAUGCGGUAAUACCACAAACAUAAGGAACCACAUAAAACGAAAUCAUUCAGUCGCUAAUCUUGCUGUUAGUAGUAAGACCACUAACGGCACUAAGACUAAAGUUUGCCGAACAUCAAUGGCAUCAAGCAGUUCGACACAUAAUGAAGAUAUUGACGAUCCAGAUGAACCUGAUAUUGUUGUAAAUAAGUCUCAUGAAACACAGACCACGUUAAAUUUUGCUGCUGUUGAAACGAGUCCACGUUCGAGCAUCGUGGAAGAUUCAUUUGGUUCAUUCAGCGGAUCCCUUGCAUCAACAACUACAGCUACAUCCACAAGUGCUUCAUCAAAUACACAGUCUGUGUGCUUAAGGCAAAGAACCAUGUUCGAGUCGUUUUCGGACAUAAAAUCAUAUGACAGAUUUGGACAUAAGACACGCUCGAUAACUAAUGCGCUGACAUACAUGAUAGCAAAAGACAAUAUGCCAUUAUCAACCACUGAAAAAGAAGGAUUUAAAUAUUUUAUGCAAAAAGCAGCGCCUAUGUAUAAACUUCCUUCCAGGAAUACAACAACUAACUUAAUAAAAAACAUCUGGACUGAUACAAUCAACACGAAAAGUUUUCUGGGCAUGACUGUUCAUUAUUUUGAUUCAUCUAAAGUUGCCCUAGAUAGUAUCACAAUAGGCGUACUAGAACUUUCUACCAACCAUACCUCUGAAAAUAUUUCAAUUUGGUUUGAACAACUUCUUACAGACUGGGACAUAAAUAAAACUCAGGUUUUCACAGUAAUAACUGAUAACGGGUCAAAUAUUUUGGGUGCAGUUAAAAAAACUUUUACUCCAGAAAAGCAUUUGCCGUGUUUUGCACACACGUUAAAUUUAGUGUCUGAACGAACGUUAGGAAAUCUUGCUGAUGUACAACAAGUUAUCAACAAAUUAAAGUCUGUUGUUACUUAUUUUAAACAUUCAGUAGUUGCUUGUGAUGAACUUAAGAAAUUGUGUAAUCUUAAGCUGAAGCAGUCCGUACCAACUCGUUGGAAUUCUAUAUACUAUAUGAUUGACAGAUUUAUUUCGUGUUCCAAUCAUAUAGCCUCUGUUUUAAUAAAUAUACGUGGGGGCCCCAUAAUGUUAACUGCAGAAGAAAUUGAUUUAGCAAAAGAAAUUAUAUUAGUGUUAAGGCCAAUGGAAGUGGCAAAAAAAGAGCUGUGUGGCCAGAAAUAUGUUACAUGCAGCAAGGUAAUACCUUUAAUAAAUUGUCUUAUAAAAAAAACUGAAGGUAUUUCUCUUUUAAAUCCAAUCGCUUUAUCGUUAAAAAAGGCCAUGUUAGAGAAUCUAGAUAUUAGAUUUGGUAGGAUGGAGGACAUUGGUUUGCUUACUGUGGCCACCAUAUUAGACCCGAGAUUCAAAACAAUUCACUUAAAUAACCCAAACGCUAUUGCUAGGGCUAUUAAAUUAACCCGAAGCUCUAGGGCUAGCUUCGUUAAGACCGUACCCCGCCUGCCCCUUUCCCGGACCAGAUUAGUCAGCCAGAUUCUCAACGUGACUCGUCUUGGUGCGGUCGGUAGCAGGUGUGUACUUGUACAGGUCGUUCCAUCCGCCUGA